AUAGUAAGGGAUGAUGGUCAAAUAGAUGCCUAGUAGUAAAGUACUGACAGCUCAUAUUCAUUAGCGAUAAUGAAUUGUGAUAUCGCGGCAAAUAAACAUGGCGCUUAUUUGAUACUGGAGUUUUUUACUUGGGAUAUGCCGCAAACGUUGUUGUAACUAGCAUCAAGUCAGCAAUUUUGUUUUUCGCAUUUGUUCAUAAACAAUCUAAACCAUUUAUGAUACUGUGAAUGUAUCAUCUAUAUUUCGAACCGUUUUCGCGAGGAAACGUUUGAUAAACCUGCACGUCAUACAUGUCAAAAUGGCCCGGGAAUAUGAUCAUUUAUUUAAGCUUCUAAUAAUAGGAGAUAGUGGUGUAGGUAAAAGUUCACUGCUCUUACGAUUUGCUGACAAUACAUUUAAUGGCAGUUACAUAACGACAAUAGGAGUGGAUUUUAAAAUUCAAACCGUGGAUAUAGAUGGUGAGAGAGUAAAGCUCCAAAUUUGGGAUACAGCUGGACAAGAACGUUUUCGGACAAUAACUUCAACUUACUACAGGGGAACACAUGGUGUUAUAGUUGUGUACGAUGUGACUAGUGGCGACUCUUUUGCUAAUGUUAAAAGAUGGUUACAUGAAAUUGAGCAAAAUUGUGAUGUGGUCAACAGGGUACUUGUAGGAAAUAAGAAUGAUGCACCUAAUGAAAAGGUGGUAUUAACAGAAGAUGCACAAAGAUUUGCUAAUCAAAUGGGAAUUCAGUUAUUUGAAACUUCUGCUAAAGAUGACAUUAAUGUGCAAGAAAUGUUUAUGGCUAUAACACGGCAAGUAUUAAGAACUAAAAAAGAAAGAAAGGAGCGACAAGCCAUACAAACAAGUGAAACAGUCAAUUUAAGAAAAAGCACAAAACAGAGCAAAAAGAAGUGUUGUUAACAGCAUUAUAUAAGCAUGCAGUUUAUCGUUAAUAUCGUUUAAUAGAGUAACAAAAAUGGAGCAAAAGUAAAGUGGGGAGCAUGCAAUAGCAACAAA